UGUAGUGAAAAAACAAAAUUUCUAAACAACUUUUAUUUUCAAUGGAUAAAAGAAAACUUAAAUAAAAUAUUUAAAUUUAAAAUGGCACCAACAAAUAAAAAAACACAAGGAAGGCAAACCAAUAAUUCCCUAUCUUCAAUGACAGAACAUAUAGUGAUAAAUCCGCAAAACACUGGUAGUACAUCAGAGCCACCACGGAAGAAAAAAUCUGUUACCAAUAACAAAAAAAUAACUGAAGUAUUCGCAGAAACAGAUGAAGUUUUACAAAUUGGAAUGCACAAAGUCCUAGAGCACGUCAAAAACCAUGAUGAUGCUUGGCCUUUUAUGGAUCCUGUGGAUGAGGAUAUUGCGCCGCGAUACUAUUCAAUUAUUCGACGUCCGAUGGACUUACAAAAAAUGGAAGAAAAACUAGAUAAUGCCGAGUAUAAUUCGUACACAGAGUUUAAAAAUGACUUUAAACUUAUUGUGAAUAAUUGUCGUUUGUAUAAUGGACAAAAUAAUGAAUACACUGAUAUGGUUAACAACCUGCAAAUAGCUUUUGAAAAAGCUACAAGAAAAUAUUUUGAUCAUAAUUCUUCUGAUGAAGAGACAUUUAUUGAUUAUAUAAAUAAUGACUAUUCUUCAUUGUUUAUUACAGAAUACACUGAUAUGGUUAACAACCUGCAAAUAGCUUUUGAAAAAGCUACAAGAAAAUAUUUUGAUCAUAAUUCUUCUGAUGAAGAGACAUUUUUUGAUUUCCUUGAUGUGAAGAACGAUGCGUUUCAUGAAAAAGUUUUAAGCGAAAAAAUCAAAAACAAAAAGUUGUUGCAACUAGAUAUAGAACCGAAAAGUGAUUAUUUUCAAAUGAAAAAUAAGCAGACAUUGAAAAACGAUGAAAACAAUCAUGUUAAAGAAAAAAAGCGAAUAGAUAAUGCAAAAAAUAAAUUUGAUCAAAUUAAAAUUUGUGAAAGUGUUUCUCCAAAAAAAGAAGUAGAAAUAACUUCUUAUAACAGGAACAAUGAUGAUCCAAAAUUUGUUUUUGACAACAUUGAGAGCUCCUUAAAGAGGAAAGAUAAGAAAAAAAUCAUAAAAGCAAUAAAGAAAAAACACAAGACAAAAGAUAAAAUAAAGAGUAAAAUCAGAAAAGAGAGAGGAAGACCAAAGGGAUCACAUAAAAAUGUUGACAAAGUUAAAAGCGUACAAAAUAAAGAUGACAACGCAAUGAUUUAUGAAGCCGAGCUAGAAUCAGAUCAAGAAGAAACAUCAGAUAAGAGGCGAAAAAAAGCUAUGUAUAAACUCAUAAAAAAAGACAAAGAAAAGAAAUCAAAAUAUAAAGAUAUUUCAAAAAUAUUUAAGAAACAUUCUAAAGAUGAACUCUUAGAGUGCACAUUAUCUCUUUUGGAAAAUGAACAAAAUCUCGUUACAGGAUACGAUAAAAAGAAUAAACAGUCAAAUAUCAAGAAAAUAACGGAUCAAGCUGAUGACAGACAAAAAGAUCAGAAAAGUAAGAAAAAAUCUAAAAAGAAAAAUAAAGACGAUCCUUCAGAAAAACGAAAACCAGGAAGACCAAAAUUAAAACAUGAUCAACAAUAUUUCAAAAACAAUGAGGCCAUUGACUAUAAAAAGAAAAAAGAGCAAACAUUUAAAAAAUACGAAAAUGAAAUCAUAAGAAACUGUACUACUGUGAACAGAAGUGAAAAUUCUGAUAAAAAACUAAAUGAAGUAGAAUUUAAGACCGCUUUAGAUCUUGAAGACGAACCUCCUGGGCAAUCCUUCACUUCUGACAUUAUUGAUAAGUAUGACCUGAUCAAACAAAGACGUCGUCAAAAGCAAAACAUAGAGGCAGCUUAUUCCAAUAACAUUCCUGUGAACAAAAGUGCAAGUAAAAGUUCUGAGUCUGAAGAUGAAAUGACAAACAUUAAAAUGGAAGACAAAAAAAAGUAUAAAUCAGAAGAUUUGCUUAAAAACUUGUCACAUAAAGAAUCCAAAAACCAAAGGUUACAAGAUACAAUUGAGAAAUUAAAGAAAAAAAGCAAAAAAAAUAAAAAAGAAAAUGCGCUUUUGGAUGAAAUCUUUAAAAUAAAACCAGGAAAACCAAUAGACGAUGAAAAAUCAAUUUAUAAGAAAAUACGAGAAACAUAUGGAGCCACCAAAAAUCAUGAUUCACAAAAAAUUGUAUCUGAAAGAGAACAAAAAAAUGUAUGUGAAUAUGACUUUAUCGAUGAUUAUGUUGCCCCAAUUAGUCAAAAAGAAAAUUCAAUGGAAUCAAAAUUAGGUGCUGAUGAUAAAUCUUUCAGUAAUAAGUAUCAUAAGAAAAAAGAACAUAUUCAUUCAGAAAAAUUCAAAAACAACACUAAAUUGAACAAAUCACAUAAUCAUAAUGCUAGUAAAAAACAAGAAAAAAAUAAUUUGGAAGCUUUGGAACUUGAAACCGAGCAGACACUCAAAGAUAUCAAUAAAUGGCUUGAAUUAACUCCGCAUAUGUCUGAAUUUGGGUCAGCUAACAGCUCUCCAUCACGAUAUAUCAUUGAUGAGUUAGAUACAGUUCCAACACGAACUGACGAUUUUAUUCGUACGGUACCAAUUUUACAAGAGAAUCAAGAAAAUGACCAACAUUUGAAUAGUCAAUUCGAUGCACUGAAAAAUGAGACAAAAAUAGGCUUAAUUGACCAAACUGCGAGCAAUAAACAUAUUAAAAAUUCCUCUCUAAUAAGUGAACAAAAGCUUUCAAAAAUGAACGUCAAAGAGUUAAAAUCAAGAAAAUCAACAAAAUUAUUAAACUACGUUCCAACUAGAAAACGAGAGCUCCAUAGAAAUAUUGAUCGGUUACAACCAGGAAAAUCAAAAGGAAACCUUCUUAAUGCUGUUAGCACUACAAAAAGGAAUGAAAUUGAUGUAAAGACGGAUAUUAUUGCUUCGAAAGUAAAAGAGGUUAAAAAUUCAUUGAUAGUUGAAACUAACGAAAGCGGUCCAAAACUUAGCUUGGGAACAGUAUUGGAUUCUGAAGGAUUUGGUAUUAUACAGCAACACAAUUUUCAAGAUGAAAAACUUUUGAUAGAAGAUAAUUGUGAAAAGUCAAAUGAUUUUGUAAGUAUAAACGAACAGAGCGAUAAAACACAGUGGGGAGAAGUUAAAACGAAUGACGAUUCCAUAAAUAAGCAAUGUAGUAAAUCUAAUAAAUUAGAGGAGGUGAACGAUAAGAAAAAUGAUGAACCAAAACCGAAUUUAAGUGCCUGGUUUAAAGCAUUCGGCAUACCAAAAAAAACAUCAAACGUCACUUUGAAUGCUUCAAAAGAUGGAACAUACACAGAUCCCGGACUUAGUGUAACAAAUAAUUUUAGUCAACCUGCUAUGCGUCAACGGAAAUCAAGUACAGGAAGUACGACUUCAGAACUGUCAUCUGUUAGUCAAGAUCCAGAUAGUCCUCGAAUUACAAUAGACGAAUCUUAUAAUGCUUCUUAUAAGUCCCCAUUGCAAUUGCCAAUAGUAUGUUCCGGUAGUUCUCCCAAACCUGGUAGUUUCUCUCCUAAACAGCAAUCUACAUCAAAUUAUGAGAUUAAUGGCCCCAUAAAAGUUGGGUUUUAUCAGGACACUACCAAAUGUAGUCCCGAUAAAAGCCCAAGAGAAAACGCAAACACAACUCAACAGUAUUCUACGUCCCAUCGACCACUGUCAAAUCCAACGUCUUUGCAACCUAGUUUUUCAUAUUAUACUAAAACAGAUUGUUCUCAAUCUCAAUCUACUACCACAAAUUCAUUCGUUGACACAUGCCAAAAACCAUCAGAGCAUCAAACGCAAAGUACUUCUAAUUAUAAUAGUAACAAUCCUAGCUCUCCUUAUCAAAGUGAACCAAUGUCGCCUUAUUUACAAAGUCCAAACUCACCUUACACACACCAAUCUAGUCAAACCGCUAUACAUCAGUACCCAGGACCGAUAAUAGAACCACAAAAAACACCGUACUCUUUAACUACAACGCAUAAAAAUACAAUUGACCCUCAUUCUGAAAAGGAGAUGAGUAAUAAUGAAAAAGAAAGUACACAACCUCCCACAUGUAGCACGCCACAGUUUUUGCCUCACUUUAAACAAUCCAAUGAAAUUAGAACAAGAUCAGAGCCAGAGCCUUCAGGCAAUGUUAAUUUAAAUUCAUUAAACAAUUACAACACUCCUUCUACAAAUGAAAUUUCUAAUAUAAAAGAUUGUUCUAAUGAUCAAAACACGUGGUCGCAUCAAGGGUUAUAUGGAUCGGCACAUGACAAAAACUUGUUUCCUUUAUCGUUAUCGAACACCGUUCUUAAUAGUCAAAAUCAAUCUCAAUCUGAUUCUAACGUGACUCAAAGUAACACCGAAAACUUGUGCAAUAAUCAACCUUAUGGUUUGUUCGACUUUGACAUUCGUCAGAAGAAAUCAAUUGAUUGUAUCAACUCCACAACACUUUCAGCAAGUGACCCCAUUGCAUUAGUUUCAAAAAAUCAAGAUACAAUGCGGAAACAGCAACCAAUAUCAUCAUCAAGUUCAUUUGAAUCUAAAUCGUCAGACUACACAAAUGCUGGUUCAGAUCGGUCAAAAAGAAAUGAAACCUUUGUCACGCAUGAAAACAAAAAUUCAAAUUCUUGUUUGACAUUCGGAAAUCAAAACAGACCACAAUCUAAAUCUAAUAUAUCUCAUUCAAAUGUACAUCAACAACAAAAUAUGUAUGGCAAUAAUAGAACAAAUUAUAUGGAAUCAGGUGUUGUUGAUUUAAAAUCAUCCACAAUACCACAAACCAGUCUAUCUAAAUCAUUAGAAGGAACAAGUCACUUCAACUCAUAUGGGAACAGUUAUGGGGGUCAUGGACAGCAACACCCAAGUCAAUCAGCCGAUUUUGCGAUGACAGCGUCUCCACAGCAUAGCAUAAGAUACACAGAUUUGUCGAGACAAACUCCAACAUCUCAUCAACAUCAACAAAUGGAUGCAUAUAAAAAUUCAGCUUAUAUUCGAAAUUUCGCAUCGAUGAUGGCUGAAAUGGGGAUGCCAUCAACAACACAAAAUCCUUAUUCACAAUCAAUGGCUCAUCAAUUUGUAAAAUCUUUUCAUCAAGCAACAACAGCUGCUUUACAACAGUUUUUACCUGGUACUUCAAUGACAACAACGGCAUAUAGCAAAAAUAGUCGAGAUGGAGAAAUUCGUUCUGCUUCCUCAAAAAUAUUUCCAUCUGUAUCGCAACAAACAGUAAUUUCACAAUAUAUUGGUGGUAACAGCACCAACCAAGCAUCUUUAACAUCGCAACAACAACAGCAUAUGGCAACAUAUCAGCAAAAAUUUUCUGAAGCAGCAAAUAUAUCUCAAACUCCUUGCUUGCCGCAAGGAAAUAUUAUAGAUAUAAAACAUUCUACCAGCAAAAAGUCUGUUAAGUCUGGCUUAAAGAAAAACAAGCAAGCUUCUCAAUUACCAUCUACAAUAUCUCAGUCAGAUAAUAUUUUAAAUCCAGGAAUAAAUCAUGGAGGAAGCACGUACCAAUCACAAACUUCUGCACAUAAUUUUUCUUCGUAUGUUCCUAAUAUGGCUGGAAAAAGUUCUGACAGUGUAUCAAAUUCCGUUGGCAAAGUUGGUAGUAGUGCAGGGUCUGGAAGUUCAGGAAGUGCUUUUAACUUUACUACAACAAGCUCGCUAACGCUUCCAGGACCACCUGGUAUGGUGUACGGUGAGCCACCAAGCUACUUAGAAGACUUUCGUGGGUCUUCAAAUCCAUACUAUCCAAUACCAACAUCAACAAACCAUAGAAAUCCUACAGAUAUAACUUCCGAAAAAAACCCAGCAACUACAUCAACGGUUUCGACACCCUAUCACCAGUUUUUGCAACAUCCAACUACGCGCUCAGGAUAUCCCUUUAUGAAUCCGUCGUUUGAUCCCCAACAAUGGAAUCUAAGAGAUGAUCAGUUAAGGGCACAAAUGAUGUUAGCUAGUAAUCCCUAUUCCCAAUCUGGAUUUCCAAGACAUUUAUGGGGCUAGGCUUUAAAAUUUGUUUUAAAAAAAUAUGUCGCUUUUUAGUUCUUCUCUUUUACGUAAUACGAACGAAGUUACGAAGUAAUAUAACAUGUACUAAACAGUAUAUUAAUAUGGAGAUUUUUUCAUUUGUUUUUUUCUUUUAACUAUUUUAUCAUACUUAACAAUACCAAAUCACAAAAUUAUAAUUGUUUUUUUUUCCAAUAUUUAUACAAAAGAAAAACAAAGCUGAGAAUAAAAUAUUUUUGUUCACAGCGUGAAAAAUGUAGAAAUAGCUGUAGUAAAUGAUAUUG